CUUUUAUUCGUGCUUGACGCUUUGUUUGUUUACAAUACUUCUUUGUUUUUACCCCAACGUUAGCAUUUUGUAAUUAUUGCAAUAUCCACAUAAUUACAUUACGUUACAUAUCACAAAAUUGUGUUCCUUCAGUCUGUUUGAUGUACGUCUAUGCAUAGUACAUAUCUAACCUAACCUACCAUCGCUUAAAUUUAACAUACAUAUGAAACAAGUAAAGGAAACAACGUAAAUAAACGCGAAAUGUAGUUAAGCGCCUACAAUUUAAGAUAAGAUGUGAUUUUAAUUACUAUCGGUGGAUUUUAGUGAAUAAAUAACAGAGCAGGUUUUCAGUAGAGGACGGUGGAUCUGCAUUAAUUAAUGUUAGGCGCACCUAAGAUAGAUUUUUUGCUGCAAAUUUUUCCUUUGCCUUUUGAAAUUUUUAUAUUUUACCCGAUAACCUUCAGGUUGACCCCAAAUGCCUCAAAUUUGAUCGAUAACGAAGGACUGACGUUACCAGUUAUAUAGUUAGUGUUAGUUCACUUGUGGUAUUAAUUAGAAACGACAAGUAAUGAAACUAGUACAACCGAAACUAUCGUCGUUAUAACAUGCGCGCUGAUUCAUAAAGUCGAAGGCGUAAAAUUCAAAAAAUUGUUCAACAAAUGACGGACGAUACAGAAACUACCAUGCGAACUGAGAGGAGAUUGGGACAAAACGGCAUAGUACAGCCGUUACUUACUGAUUUAUAUCAGAUAACGAUGGCGUACGCUUAUUGGAAAUCUGGUAAAACCAAAGAUACAGCGGUAUUCGAUUUGUUUUUUCGUAAAAAUCCAUUUCAGGGCGAAUUUACCAUUUUCGCUGGGUUGGAGGAAUGUUUAAAGUUUUUAGAAAAGUUUCAUUACUCAUCAAGUGAUCUCAAGUAUUUGAAAGAAACUUUACCACAAACAAUUGAAGAUGAAUUUUUCGUAUUUCUUAGUACAUUAUCAGCUAAAGAUGUAACAGUAUACGCAAUUGAUGAAGGAUCUGUUACUUUUCCAAGGGUACCUCUGUUACGAAUAGAAGGGCCUUUAAUAGUAGUACAAUUAUUAGAAACUACCCUAUUAACUCUAGUUAACUAUGCAAGUUUGAUGGCCACAAAUGCUGCAAGGUAUAGAAUGGCUGCUGGUAACAUACGAUUGUUAGAAUUUGGCCUUAGGAGGGCUCAGGGUCCAGAUGGUGGUUUAUCAGCAUCAAAGUACUCAUAUAUUGGUGGAUUUGAUGGUACAAGCAAUGUACUGGCUGGAAAGCUAUUCAACAUUCCAGUGAAAGGUACCCACGCCCAUGCAUACAUUACGUCAUUUUCGAAUUUGUCUGAACUACAUACACGAAUGUUGGUACCAAAGGACGGCGGGGAAGCACAGGAUCUAGUACAAUUAUCAACUGAUUGGCGGACAAAAUUGGUGCCAUUAUUUCGAGUGGUCGGCACUGAGGCUAGCGAUGGGGAAUUUGCUGCAUUGAUAUCGUUUGCGAUUGCAUUUCCCGACGGAUUCAUGGCAUUAGUUGACACGUAUGAUGUUAAGAGGUAUCAUUCAAGCAUGGCCCGAGACAUCGCUCUGCCCCCUAUUACACUUACCAACACCAUAUUGUAUAAUGAGUACAGAAGCGGUCUAUUAAAUUUCUGCGCCGUGGCGUUGGCCCUUAAUGAUCUGGGCUACAAGGCAGUAGGUAUUCGCAUUGAUAGUGGAGACUUGGCCUAUUUAUCAAACGUUGCGCACGAUUUCUUUUCGCAAAUAUCAAAAAAUUAUGGGAUCCCUUGGUUCAAAGAUCUUAUGAUAAUGGCCUCUAACGAUAUUAAUGAAGAGACGAUUUUAAGCCUGAACGAACAAGGUCACAGAAUAAACUGUUUUGGUAUAGGGACACACUUGGUAACUUGUCAAAGACAACCGGCCCUUGGAUGUGUUUACAAAUUGGUCGAACUAAACGGGAUGCCGAGAAUUAAGUUGAGUCAAGACGUUGGAAAGGUCACUAUGCCCGGAAGGAAGGAUGCUUACAGGCUGUAUAGUGAAAGUGGACAUGCACUAAUCGAUUUGUUACUUGGAUCUGAUGAAAAACCACCGGAAGUUGGAAAAAAAGUGUUAUGCAGACACCCUUUUGAAGAAUCUAAAAGGGCCUACGUCAUUCCUAAUAAAGUUGACAAGUUACAUAGGCUUUAUUGGAAAAAUGGAAAAAUCUCUACCUCACCUCUACCUAAUCUACAAGCAAUUAAAGAAAGAGUUAGAAGUUCCUUGAAAACGUUACGACCCGAUAUAAAACGAAAUUUGAAUCCCACUCCUUUUAAGGUUUCCGUAAGUGAUAAAUUGUACACAUUUAUACACCACCUGUGGUUGGAGAAUGCGCCUAUUGGAGAGUUAUCUUGAAGGGGUUUUGUAUUUGUCACAUACCGAUUGAAAAAUUGAAACAACUAUUAAAGUUGUGGGAAAAAAAGAAAUUAAUGUCUGCAUUCGUUGAUAAUGACGGUGACGGUAUAGGGAAAACGCAAAUCACAACCGUUCUAUCUAAUUUCACAAAUUUUGAUUUAACGCACAAAUUAAAACCAUUACACGUGUAUACGUAGGCUGUGAGUUUUUUUACUAUGCUAUUAAAGUUACGUUUGUAGCACAUGAUGAUCACAUUGCACGUAUUAUUAUUAUUAUUAUUAUUAUUACUAAGGUGCCUUUUAAAUGAUUAAUUACUAGCGCUAUUACUGUUUCAUGAAAGUUAGAUUCCAUCAUAAACCAUAUACCUACUUCUAUAUGUAUAAAUACCUAAAUAUUGCUAUGUAAAAAGAGUUGUAACUUUUCACGACCGGCGUUAUCUGAAUAAUGGUUGAUAGUCGAGCCUGAUAGCCGUGAUGUAGUAUUGUUUCUCCUUUGGUUUCUCCGACGUUUCGCCAACUAGUUUGAGAAUAAAGCCUCAGUCUCAUUGUCAGUGCAAUCACGCCGAAGCACUUAACGCCCUCACCACGUUCCUUGAAGAUGCUAACUACACUAGUUGGCGAAAAUUCGGAUAAACGACUCCAUCGGCCAUCAAGCUCGACUAUCAAUCGUUAUACGUGAGCUUUUAACGAUGAAAUAAGACCGGAAGAAGUAACAAUAUGUUCUAAACAUAUACAGGACUAUUCACGUUAUUCGACACGAAAUUUUUAUUGUGGUACAUUUUAAAAUUAGAUGACGUAAACCUUGAUGAAAUUCUCUGUUAUUUUGAUCAUAGAACCCAACAAUGUAAAAAUAUAUAGGGUGUUCCAUUAAAAAAAAAACACAACUGAUACUUUUUGUAUAUUAUGAAAAUAAUUUUAAAAUGUACCUCUAUGUACCCCUACAAUAAAAAUUUCUAAAAAUCUAGAAACAGCCGUAAUCUUUCGUGUCGGAUAACGUGAAUAACCCUGUAUGAAAAUUUAUAAUGUUGCAGAUAUAUUUAGGUAGGUACUUAUUUAAAAAAAUUGACUUAUCUAAUGAACUUGCAAUUAUUCAAGAAAAAGAUGCUCAGUGGUAAUAGUACUGCUCAAGUACAAACAUUUUUAAGUAUUAUCUAAGUUUAAAAAUAUUGUUGUUUUAUUAAUAGAAUUCAACCCAUAUUGUGAAACUCUGUGUACAAUUUACAAAUGUGUAUUGCUUGAAUUGGUAUUAAGCUUGUUGUAUUUUUAUUUUGAUAUUUUAUAGACUGUUAAAAUAAAAAUUAAAUAUAUUUUUUGUGCGCGAAAAAGUUAUAUUUAAAAUUUUCGUAGAUUAUCUAAAAGAAUUAUAUCCCUGUUCGUGUAGGUAGUUUAAAUAUUAAAAUAUUUACAAAAAUAUAAAUGGUAUUUAAAUAACUACAUUAUUUUUAUAGAUUACUUUAAAAUGCAAUGGUUAGCUAUAAGAUGCUGUCUUUGAACCAAAGCGUUAUAAAUGAAUACCUAAGAAUUAUAAAUUUUUAUAUUUCAUACAAAUUGAAGUUAAUGUAGAUUUAAAUACAUCAAACUUGUACGUUAUUUUAUAUUAAAAAUUCAAAUUAGUUAACUUUAUGUAUUAAACAUAAGCAAUGGUUUGUAACUUUUAGAAAACGAAGCAUUUUUUGUGAUAUUUUGAAAAUAAUACCUACAAAAAGUUAUUGCUACACACUGUCAGUGACAAAUGGCUUUCAUAUUCCCAUA